UAAACAGUAACACUAUAAAAAAACAGUUGAAGACCUGCGUUGAAAUAAACAACACGGCAUCCCCAUUGCAAGAGGGACCAAAAGGAAAUAUCAGAAUCUGAGAGAAAUUUCAAAGAUAUGGAAAAUGAUUCGUUGCAGACAUCUUUAGCAUGGCUUCGCGAUAUUCUUCAAGGUAAAAUAGGCCAUGGAUUGGAUACCAGAGUUCUCCAAGGACUACGCGUUAUCCAUGCCGAAAAGGGAUUUAUGCGAUUUGAUUUCGUUGUUCCAAAAUCUGUCUCCGAUAUUGAUGGAAAUUGGAAUGUUGGAGCUUUAGCAUCGUUGGUCGAUCUCCUCGGUGGUGUUACUAUUUUCUCGUUUGCCAAUCGUGUCGUUACUUCUGUCGAUUUCAGCGUUUCGUAUUAUUCAACAGCUAAGAUUCAAGAACAUGUGGAGAUAGAAUCAAAGGUUAGUGCAGACAAAGGAAACCUCAUACAUGUGGUGGUUGAAGUUAAAAGGAAAGGAAAUGGUGAAGUAAUUGCUGUAGGUAAACUAUGGAUGGCUUCAAAUAAACUCAGUGUUGCUCAAGAUGUUGAUGGAAAUUGGCAUGUUGGAGCUUUAGCAUCAUUGCUUGACCUCAUCGGAAUAGUUACUAUUUACUCCUUUGCCAAUCGUGUCAUUAGCACGGUUGAUUUCAACGCUUCAUAUUAUUCAACAGCUAAGAUUCAAGAGCAUGUGGAGAUAGAAUCAAAGGUUACAGCAAAUAGAGGAAAGCUUUUACAUGUGGUGAUUGAAGUUAGAAGGAAAGGCAAUGGAGAGGUAAUUGCUGUAGGAAAACAAUGGAUGGCUUCAAACAAACAAACGCUUGCUCAAGUGAGUAAUGUUUGACAACUAAAAAAAAAGGACACAUGUAAUAAAUAUUUGACAACUAAAUAAAACAUGUAAUAAAUAUGUGAAUUGUCAAAUAAUUUAAACCGUCUUAAUAAUUGAUUUGAGUUCAAAUCU